AAAAAACAAUGCUUGUCGCUUCCAGUUCUAAAUAUAUAACGCGAUACCAUAGAGAGAGAAAAAGGAUCAACGCACUGGCAUAAUACCAGUUGAAUCUCAUUUAGAUCAAAACAUCACUCCCACCGAACAAAAAGACAAACUCUUUUUAAAUUCAAGAUGCCACCCACAUCACCAAUCGAGCUCACUCUUGUGCUCGCCGCAACGCGGGACAUGGGCAUCGGCCGCGGCGGGACUCUACCAUGGACGGGCCUAAAGAAGGAGAUGGCAUACUUUGCUCGCGUCACCAAGCGUCUCCCUGCGGCAGAUGAUAAACCACCGACGGCACUCAACGCCGUCAUAAUGGGCCGCAAGACGUGGGACAGCAUCCCCCCAAAGUUCCGCCCGCUGAAGGGCCGGCUAAACGUCGUGCUGAGCCGGUCAUUUCCGGAGCUCAAGGGGACCCCACCGCCGCCGUCAUCGGCCGCCGCAACAACGACGACGACGACAACAACAGAUCCGGAUCCGGUCGUCAACGACAGGGUGCCGAUCCACGCGCGCUCGCUGCCCGAGGCGCUAGCCUACCUCGGCCAGCUCAGGGAGCAGCGCCAGGCCGUGGGCAAGGUGUUCAUCAUCGGCGGGGCGCAGAUCUACGACGUGGCCCUGGGCCUGCCCGAGACGCGGCGCGUGCUCUUCACGAGCGUCAUGUCCGACUUUGAGUGCGACGCGUCGGUGGCGCUGCGGCUGGGCGAGGGCACCGGCUGGAGGAGGACGUCCAAAGAGGAGCACGACGCCUGGGUGGGCGAGGAGGUCCCAGCAGGUGUGCAAGAGGAGAAUGGGACGCAGUACGAGUUUCAGAUGUGGGAGAGGUCGGAUUGAUAUCGACUUUUUGAUAUAUAUUUUUUUUUCUUUUUUUUCCCCCCCUUUCCUUUUCUCUUUCUUUCUUUGGUGAAUGAUAUGGCUACCAAAAAGAGGGUGAAUCAACAACCCCAUAGCGGCGUUUUAGUACAUAACUUUGACCUUGACCCAUGUUUUAACGGGUGAGGCCAUAAUAACCGACAAGGCCCCCAAAAGGUACAACUACUGUUACAGCUAUAUAAAUAUACACAGCACCCACUGGAGUGUGCUGGACGAUUGUGGGAAUACAUCAUGUU